CCAACCGAUAAUUUAAGAGUUGUGUUUCUUUACUUGCCACCGAGGCACCGACACAACAACGAACGGCUAUAUAGGAGUAUCUCGCUGGCUGCAAUCCGGGAAACUGCAGCUCUCAUAGAGGACUCCUACACAAAAAAAGCAGAGCUGUCUCUCCAUUCCGGGAACCAGUGUGAUGGCCGCUAGUGCUGUCCCGGCCGGCGAGAAGCCACACGCGGUGUGUGUACCCUUCCCGGCGCAGGGGCACGUGACGCCGAUGAUGAAGCUUGCCAAGGUGCUCUACUGCAAGGGCUUCCACGUCACCUUCGUCAACACCGAGUACAACCACCGCCGCCUCAUCCGCUCCCGCGGCCCCAGCGCCGUCGCGGGCCUCCCUGGCUUCCGGUUCGACACCAUCCCCGACGGCCUGCCACCCUCCGACGCCGACGCCACGCAGGACCCGGCCUCCAUUUGCCACUCCACGAUGACCACCUGCCUCCCGCACUUGCAGAGCCUGCUUGCCCGCCUCAACAGCACAGACGGGGUGCCUCCCGUGACGUGCGUCGUGGCGGACAACAUCAUGAGUUUCAGCGUGGACGCCGCCAAGGAGCUCGGCGUGCCGUGCGCGCUGUUCUGGACCGCCAGCGCCUGUGGCUACAUGGGCUACCGCCACUUCCGGUUCCUCCUGGACGAGGGCCUCGCGCCUCUCAAAGAUGAAGAGCAGCUGACGAACGGGUACCUGGACACGCCGGUGGGUUGGGCGCGCGGGAUGAGCAAGCAUAUGCGACUCAGGGACUUCCCAACCUUCAUCUACACGAUGCGCCGCGGUGAUGACAUCUUGCUCGAUUUCAUCAUGCGCGAGGUGGAGCGCACGGGCGCCGCGACCGCCGUUAUCAUCAACACCUUCUACGAGCUCGAGCAGACGGCACUUGACGCCAUGCGCGCCGUCCUCCCGCCCGUCUACACCAUCGGCCCGCUCACCUUCCUUCUCGAGCAACUGGCCGUCCCCGACGGCGCACCGAUCGGCACGAUCCGCUCCAGCCUUUGGAAGGAAGACCACGACUGCCUGCGGUGGCUGGACGGCAAGCCGUCCCGGUCCGUGGUGUACGUGAACUACGGGUGCAUAACCACCAUGUCCAACCAGGAGCUGGUGGAGUUCGCGUGGGGGCUGGCGAACAGCGGCUACGAGUUCCUGUGGAUCAUCCGGCCGGACCUCGUGAAGGGCGAGACCGCCGUACUGCCUCCUGAGUUCCUGGAGACGACGAAAAGUCGGUGCCUCCUCACGAGCUGGUGCGACCAGGAGGCUGUGCUGCGGCACGAGGCGGUCGGGGUGUUCCUGACGCACAGCGGAUGGAACUCGACGAUGGAGAGCCUGUGCGGCGGGGUGCCGAUGCUGUGCUGGCCGUUCUUCGCGGAGCAGCAGACCAACUGCCGGUACGCGUGCGUGGAGUGGGGCGUGGGGAUGGAGGUCGGCGGCGACGUGCGGCGGGAGGUGCUGGAGGGCAGGAUCAGGGAGGCGAUGGCAGGCGAGAAGGGGAGGGAGAUGAGCCGAGGGGCGGCCCAGUUGAAGGAGGCUGCCGUUCGUGCAACGCAGCCUGGUGGCAGGGCGUUGACCGACCUAGACGAUCUGAUCAACAGCGUCCUUCUACCCAGGAAAAGCUGAUAGAUUUGUGUGCCAAACGCUGAUAGAUUUGUGUGCCUGGAACUCAUGUGGAUGUAGUUUCAAGUGUUGCAUGCCACUAGAAUAAGGGUUCCGAAUCCUAAGAUCGUGCUUGGGCACUGUUCACUCUUUUACCCUGAUUGAGCUAUGUCACAGUAUCGCUUGGAGGUGCUUUUCU